AAACAUUUGACACGUGAGUGAUUUUAAUUUAGAACUCUUGAUUAAAACCAAACUUAAUUGUAACAGAACAAUGUGCGGAAGGUGGUAUUUUUUAUUACUUUCGCUGUUUUCUAAAGUUGCGUCACGCGAAGUGUGGGUAAAUGUGAAACAAGGAACUCUACUCGGUCUUCAGGAAGCCACAAUUUUCGAAGGGAAACGCUUCUGUGCUUUCUACAAAGUUCCUUACGCUCAACCUCCAAUAAAAAAAUUAAGAUUCAAAGAUCCCGUGGCUCCAAAGAAGUGGGUAGGCUUUUGGGAUGGAACGCAGGAGUUCCACGGGGCUUGCGCACAGCCACAUAUUGUUCACAAGCAUGGUCAGUACGGCAACGAAGACUGCCUCUAUCUGAACAUAUUCACACCGCAAAUACUAAUGAAGGCUACAGACCCACUGAAGCCGGUGAUCGUGUGGAUUCAUGGCUACGCAUUCGGUUCGAGUUUUAGUCAUUUACACGGCGCCGAUUUCCUCAUAAACCAUGAUGUUUUAUUUGUAACUGUCACACAUAGAAUAGGACCUUUCGGAUUCCUAAAAAUCAACGAGACUGAGACCCAUGCUAACAUGGGACUUAAAGAUAUAGUGAUGGCCUUACGGUGGAUAAAGAGAAAUAUAAGGAUCUUUGCCGGUGACAGCAAGAAAGUGACGGUCAUGGGUAGCGGAUCCGGAGCUACUUUCCUGUCUUGGCUACUAAUGACAAAGGCACGUAAUCUCUUUUCAAAGAUGAUUCUACAGAGUGGAGCAUUAUUUUCUGCGUCGCUUUUUUCACGUACAAACAGUUUUGAACUAGAUAGACUGUCCAAGGAGCUACUUAAACAUGAUGUUAAGAAGUUGACAAGUGCUUCCACUCAGAAAAUUAUUUUAGCGUCACAGAAAAUUUACAACUCUGUUGAUGUUAUUAACUUUCAGAGACCCGUGGUCCCAUUCUCGCCUACUAUAGAGAAGAAAUCAAACAAGUCUUUGAUCACGAUGUUUCCAGACGAUUUUUUUCGGCACACACCAAAUUUCAAGUUCAAUAAACCCAUGAUUGUAGGGUACAAUAGCCAAGAGAGUAUUUCUGAAAUAAUACCGUUUUUGCAUAAUCCUGAGUAUUUGAAGAUGUUUUCUGGUAUUUUUAAAUUCAUGGUCCCCUUUUCUGAUGGAUGUCGCUAUAAUUAUACAUCAGAAAUAUAUAAACUAGUAGCAAAUAAGAUACAGCACAAAUAUUUCAAGGAGGGUAUAUCAGAGAAAGCUGUAAACGAGUUUUUGAGUUAUACUUCAGAUCUUUACAAAUAUCCUAUAUUCAAAUUUAUAAAGGCCUCUUUGAAGUUUAACUCGAACAAAGUGUUCAUGUAUAAGUUUAACUUUGCUGGGAAAUUUAAUGCAGUUAAAAGUACUGCUCUAGCUGGAGCCCGGGUCCCAGUAAAAGGCGCAGCCAGUGGAGAUGAAAUAUGUUAUGUGCUCAAAUGUGAGCCCAUGUGGGAACGUUAUGUUCAUUUGAAAAAUGGCACAAGUAACAAUAACAAAAUUAUGAUAAGACAAUUGGCGGAAUGGUGGGCCAAUUUUGCAAAGUUUGGGGAGCCUACGCCUGCAUCUCGCCCAGCGAAGUACCGCUGGCCAGCAAUUACUUUAGAAGACGAUAGUUUAAUGCUAAUCGGUAACCAAAGUAAAUUAGUGCAUCCUUUAUCUGAUAAAAAAGAUUGCAAAUUUUGGGAUGAAAUUUAUGAGAACCACUACAGAAGUGAGGUCUGCGAUACGACAAAACACGACGAAUUAUAAAAAUAAUCUGUUGAUUGUAAGAA